CAAGUCGUUUUUUUUUUUUUUCUUGUUUUUCAGUGAUCAAAUUGUCUAUAAAUAGCCAAUUCAAACUUCCAACCAUCCCAUCUUUGUCUCCUAGCGAUCGUCUAAAGUCCAUUCCCUUAUCUUCCCUUUAUGACAACACAGCAUUAACACACUAUCCCAAUCCGAAGUAGUCUGACGCCGUCUACCUCUCUGCCUGAUCAGCUCUGCGUCACCAAUAUAUCUGUAUCUUUAUCUGUUCACAAAUCCCAAUGUCUCCCACAUAAUCGGUAUUCAGUAGUUAUAUUUAGUUUCAGUUGUCGUUGCUCUUAUCCAAUAUCCAUAUUGCAUCAUUACCCAUUAAACUUUUUCUAUUUUCUUGCUGAAAUGUCGAAAAUUCUUUGGAUCAUGGGUUGAGCAAAGAAACCCAAGUGGGGGGGUUCAUUUAUUUUUGUGGGUGUUUGGAGAUUUGAGGUGCUGCUUUGAGUUUUCCUUUUGUGGGUUCUCCUGGAAUUGUAAGACCCAAUCUGGGAUUUGACAGGCUGCGGGUUUUUUCUUUCCUUGAUUGGAGGAGAUUGGUUCUUGAGUUUUUUAGGGUUUUGCUGGGCAUUUGGGAGUCUGAUUUGGGGACUUUCUUGGCUGUUGACAUCGCUGGUGGCUGGGAACUUGUGGAUUUGAAGAUCUAGUUGUGUGAUUCUGGGAGUUUUUUGGGCCAAUUCAGAUCAAGAGUGAAGGAUCAAGAGAUUGCAUCCAAAAGCUUUCAUUUUUCUUCUUGGAGGAAGAAUCAAAUUGCUGAAUUGUUGAACAUAAUUGAUUGAAUCAUUUGCUCGGCUCGACUUGUGAGGUGCAAUCUUUUACAAUUCAUUUAUUUUUUCUUCGUAUGCGGUCUCUUUUUCUCCUCCACUAAAUAAUGAAACUUGGUUCCCCUGCAAUCAUCUAGCUCGUACUUUCAAAAUCAGUUCAAUUGUUUCUUUGUCAUCGUUCAGUGACGAAUUGUCCUUUAACUCCAAUAUUCCAUAUUAAGAAGCCAUUUUAUUUUGUACAAGAUAUGGAUAUAAGUAAUGAGGCCAGUGUUGAUCCAUUUUAUAUUGGCCCUUCAUCGAUUUUUGGUCGGACGGUUGCGUUUAGAAUUCUGUUCUGUAAGUCAAUGUUACAUUUUGAGCAUCAGAUUUUUAAGGUAGUGUUGAGGUAUAUAUAUAAAACUAGAGACCUUUUGUCACCGGUAUUAUCAUGGCUGCAUCCCAGGAAUCCACAAGGGAUUUUGGCAAUGGUGACGAUAAUUGCUUUUCUGUUGAAACGUUACACAAAUGUGAAACUGAAAGCAGAAAUGGCUUAUAAGAGGAAAUUUUGGGGAAAUAUGAUGAGGGCUGCCUUGACCUAUGAGGAAUGGGCUCACGCUGCUAAGAUGCUUGACAAGGAGACCACGAAGAUGAAUGAGUCAGACUAUUAUGAUGUAGAGCUUGUGAGAAAUAAGCUGCAAGAACUCCGCCACCGUCGCCAAGAGGGAUCUCUUAGAGAUAUAAUAUUUUGCAUGAGAGCUGAUCUUGUAAGAAAUCUUGGUAAUAUGUGCAACCCUGAGCUUCACAAGGGUAGGCUUCAUGUGCCCAGACUUAUAAAAGAGUAUAUUGAUGAAGUCUCUACUCAGCUAAGAAUGGUCUGUGACUCAGACUCAGAGGAGCUUGCACUGGAAGAGAAGCUUUCUUUUAUGCAUGAAACGAGACAUGCCUUUGGUAGGACGGCUUUGCUUUUGAGUGGGGGUGCUUCCCUUGGAGCUUUUCACAUAGGUGUUGUAAAAACAUUGGUGGAACAUAAACUGUUGCCUCGGAUAAUCGCUGGUUCCAGUGUCGGAUCCAUAAUAUGUUCGGUCCUGGCCACUAGAUCAUGGCCUGAACUUCAAAGUUUUUUCGAGGAUUCUUGGCAUUCAUUGCAGUUCUUUGAUCAGCUAGGUGGGAUAUUUGCGGUUGUGAAGAGGGUCAUGACACAAGGGGCUGUUCAUGAAAUUCGGCAGUUACAGUGGAUGUUAAGGCACCUCACCAGUAAUCUUACAUUUCAAGAAGCUUAUGACAUGACCGGUCGAAUUCUUGCCAUAACAGUAUGCUCUCCAAGGAGACAUGAGCCACCUAGAUGCCUUAACUACCUUACUUCCCCUCAUGUUGUUAUAUGGAGCGCAGUGACUGCUUCUUGUGCCUUUCCUGGACUUUUUGAAGCCCAGGAAUUAAUGGCAAAGGAUAGAAGUGGAGAAAUUGUUCCAUAUCAUCCACCGUUUAAGUUGGAUCCCGAGGAGGGCUCAGCCACAAUUCGUCGGUGGAGGGAUGGUAGCCUGGAGAUUGAUCUACCUAUGAUGCAAAUAAAGGAACUUUUCAAUGUUAAUCAUUUCAUUGUGAGCCAGGCGAACCCUCAUAUUGCUCCAUUUCUGAGGCUGAAGGAGCUUGUGAGAGCUUAUGGAGGUAAUUUUGCUGCUAAGUUUGCUCAGCUGGCCGAGAUGGAGGUAAAACAUAGAUGCCAUCAGAUUCUGGAACUUGGUUUCCCCUUAGGGGGACUUGCUAAGCUUUUUGCUCAAGAUUGGGAGGGUGACGUUACCGUUGUUAUGCCUGCCACAGUUGCUCAGUAUUUGAAAAUCAUCCAAAAUCCAUCUUAUUUGGAGCUUCAGAAGGCAGCCAACCAAGGUAGAAGGUGCUCAUGGGAGAAACUCUCAGCAAUAAAAGCCAACUGUGGCAUUGAACUUGCUCUCGAUGAGUGUGUUGCUAUUCUCAACCAUAUGCGUAGACUCAAAAGGAGUGCCGAGAGAGCUGCUGCAGCAUCCUAUGGCCUAGCUAGUACAGUGAAAUUCAGUGCUUCAAGACGAAUUCCUUCUUGGAACUGCAUUGCUCGGGAGAACUCAACUGGCUCCCUUGAAGAAGACCUCCUUACAGAUGUUGCUUCUUCAUUACAACAAGGAGUUGGUAGUUCAGCAGCAGGAGCUCCUUCAAGUAGAAAUCUUCGAACCCUGCGUAAUGUCCAUGAUGGAAGCGAUAGUGAACCUGAAAGUGUAGAAGUAAAUAAUUGGACAAGAUCAGGUGGACCCUUGAUGAGGACUACUUCUGCAAAUAAAUUUGUUGAUUUUGUCCAAAAUCUGGAUAUUGACAGUGAAUUGGCCAAGACUUUGAUGUCUCAUCCCAACUCUCCUGGUAGUCAGAUGGGCGGCAGGGAUUCAUAUAAUCAGAGCCCGCGGAUGACAUCACCGGGUAGAAUUUCAGAAAAUAUGUUUGAACAAAGAGAUUUUAGUGGUAGAGGACCUGGAAAUGGUUCUAGCAUUUUGGUUACUGAAGGUGAUCUUUUGCAGCCGGAAAGGAUCAGUAACGGAUUUGUGUUUAAUAUUGUGAAAAAGGAGGACCUUGCAAUGUCAACUAGGGGUCACGAUAUGGAAACUUGCAGCAAUGAUGUUGCUGAAUGUGUGCAGCUCGAGUGUCCAGAAAAGGAUAUGGAUGCUAGCUCCUCGUCUGAAUUCGAGGAUGAAGAUGUCACCUCAGCAAACUUCAUUCAUGGAGCUGCAUCCUGUGGUAAUUGCAUGGAUCAUUCCGGAGAAGAAGAUACUAAUGAUCAAGGAGUCGUGGAGGAUGGUCACGCUUGAGGGCCAUUUAGCUUCAACAUGUGAUUUAUAGGUGCGAGCUGGCAGAGUUGAGACGUGGCCCUUUCCAGAUCUGUGCUUCAAACAAGCUUAUCUCUGAGGUGUCAGACACGAGUUGCUCACGCUGAGACCAAAGGCAGGUCACUGCCUUACCCGAUCCUGAUAUCGUGCACUGUGAACUAACUUUUCCUGACUGGGCCAAGCUCUGAAUUUCCUUCUUAUUUUUGAAUAUGAGAGGCUAGUUCACCUCCCCGCUCACUCUAGAUGGUUGUGCAUGUAAAUAAAAGUGAUAUUUUCGAUUAAGGAAUUCUUUGGUUUGCUUUCAUUACAUCGAAUCGAUAUCUCUGGAGGUAGAUGAUUUUUCUAAGUUCUUUCAUUCUACUCCCUUCAUAAUGCAGUGAAGACAAGAGUAUAUCAAUGUUUCUUGCAGAAAUGGCAAGCCUGGUAUGUUUGUUUAUCCUGGUUUUCUUGAUGUAUUAGAACUAUAUGAAUGUGGAGAUCGAUAGCUGAUGAAUUCUAUAAGAGAUUCUGCUUACUUGC